CAGGCCAACGUCUUCAAGCAGCCGCCGGCCACCACCACGGGCGCCGCCCCGCCACAGCCGCCCUGCACCCUGAGCAAGCCCAUGAGCGUGCACCUGCUGAACCAGGGCAGCAGCAUCGUCAUCCCCGCGCAGCACAUGCUGCCAGGCCAGAACCAGUUCCUGCUGCCCGGCACGCCUGCCGUCCAGCUGCCCCAGCCACUGUCAGCCCUGCCAGCCAACGUGGGCGGCCAGAUCCUGGCGGCCACGGCCCCGCACGCCGGUGGCCAGCUCAUCGCCAACCCCAUCCUCACCAACCAGAACCUGGCCGGCCCCCUGAGCCUGGGCCCCGUGCUGGCCCCGCACUCGGCGGCCCACAGUGCUGCCCACAUCCUCUCUGCUGCGCCCAUCCAGGUGGGCCAGCCCGCGCUCUUCCAGAUGCCCGUGUCGCUGGCCGCGGGCAGCCUGCCCACCCAGAGCCAGCCG